GCGCAGGGAACCUCACUGUCUUCACUGGAUUAUACAAACCAAAAGUGUCCUCAACUCCUCCUCCUUCUCAGUUGCUUACAUGCUGAUUCUACUGCAUGCGGGACGAACAACAAGAGCAAAUACUGUAUAUGACAGGACAACCACCACCUCAUUUGUUAGAACAAACCUUUGAGUUGAUUUUUCUACCGAAGCAGAAGCCUACUAAAAUUGGACAUUUUUGGUGUGCGUGUGAUGACAAACUGUCGUGGAGGAGGUGAAGAGACGUGGAUGAAGAUAUAACCACUUGCAGAAUCUGAAUCGUCAUUGUAGUCGUUCCUCCCAGGCAUUUCGGGAUUAUAUAUAUUUUUUUUAUUCUUCGGCGAUGCAAUAACGGAUUUUUGUGUGUGUGUGUGUGUGUAAUGACCGGCAACAGCCAUGCUCCAAACUGAUUUCUGAAAAGACAAGAAAGAAAAACUGAGAUCUUACACUGACAAAUGCAUGUCCAAAAUGUGGUAACUGAAAGUUACUCACGAAGAAAUAGGAGGGUCCAGUGUCACACAUGUAGAAGGGCUUCAGUAGCUGGUAUGUCCUCAAAGCUCCGGAAUGCUCUCCUAGGCUAAAACCAAUCUGUACUGGGUGCAUGUUUUGCGAUCUCAUACUCUUGAUGCAUUUAAAAGAAUCUAUCAGAAUACGGAGCUGACAGUUCUGAUAAACGAAUACCGUUUAGACCGAUCAGAUCCUCCAAACGGGAAUUAUUUAAUGAGAGCGAGAGAGGUCAUAUGAACUGCACAGGGCUAGAAGUGCGUCUCACGGAAAUCUUGGGUUGCAGAUCUGACGGAAACACGUGCUAUUCGGUCUCAUCUGCGGCAACGAUGCUUUUCCACGGUCUGCCUGGAGGCGAGAUGCAUGGUGUUAUGGAAGAAAUGGAGCGGAGAGGAAAGAGCGAUUCGGCGACUAUCAGCUCGGCCAUAGAUAUGGGGGAAACAGAGACGAACAUGCCUUCGAUCAGCGGGGACCGGGUGGCUCUGUGCGCGGGCUGCGGAGGAAAGAUCUCUGACCGCUAUUACCUGCUCGCCGUGGAUAAGCAGUGGCACAUGCGCUGUCUGAAGUGCUGCGAGUGUAAACUCAAUCUGGAGUCUGAACUCACCUGCUUCAGCAAAGACGGAAGUAUCUACUGCAAAGAAGACUAUUACAGAAGGUUUUCGGUGCAGAGAUGUGCCCGGUGCCACCUCGGGAUCUCGGCCUCGGAAAUGGUCAUGAGGGCCAGGGAUUUGGUGUACCACUUGAACUGUUUCACCUGCACGACUUGCAACAAAAUGCUGACGACUGGGGACCACUUCGGCAUGAAAGACAGUCUGGUGUACUGCAGGCUACACUUUGAAACGCUCAUCCAGGGAGACUUCCCUACGCAUUUCAAUCACACGGAUGUAGCGCCUAAUAAAGGACUGGGCAGCACGGGCCCUCUAGGACUGUCUUAUUAUAACGGCGUGAACACGGUGCAGAAGGGCCGGCCGCGAAAGAGGAAGAGCCCUGGGCCCGGAGCGGACUUGGCGGCUUAUAAUGCAGCAUUGAGCUGCAACGAAAACGAUGGCGAUCCGAUGGACAGAGACUCGCAGUACAGCUCCAGCCAGAAGACGAAGCGCAUGAGAACGUCAUUUAAACACCAUCAGCUGAGGACCAUGAAGUCUUAUUUUGCCAUCAACCACAAUCCUGACGCCAAGGAUCUGAAACAGCUGGCCCAGAAAACAGGUCUCACCAAGCGCGUCCUACAGGUCUGGUUUCAAAACGCUCGGGCCAAGUUCAGGCGAAACCUCCUGCGCCAGGAGAACACGGGUGUGGACAAGGCCUCGGACGGGUCGACCCUGCCUGGAGGAACGCCGUCCGGACCAGCCUCUGAGAUUUCCAACGCCUCCAUGAGCCCGUCCAGCACUCCUACGACCCUCACAGACCUGACCAACCCCACAAUGCCCACCGUCACCUCCGUACUGACCUCCGUCCCGGGCAGCCUGGACGUUCACGAAUGCCGGAGUCCAUCGCAGAGCACCUUAACCAGCCUCUUCUGAUGCCCAGAUUUGAGCACACGGACAGGUCACCUUCAUCUGCUUCCUCUGAAGACCACUCGUGGAGCCACCUAAAUGAGAAAUAAAGCGUCAUUGAUCAUGCUAGUCACGAACUAUCCAUCUGAUACGUAAACCGAUCUACCUGGGCAUUUUUGUACAGGCCAGGAACUUUACAAAUGUGGCCGAUCCAAUUCAAAACACUAAAAAGUGAGAAACUCUUUGUUUAGAGUAUUGCAUUUUGGGGCAGACUCAAGUUUCACUGAAGGAUCUGUUGAUAAGAGACUGAUUUGCAUUUUAUUUUCUCUUUUUUUCAUGUUUCCCCCCAACCAUG